CCACGGUCCCUCAAUUGAGACACUGUGUGUAGUAGUAGCAACAACUCUUUGUGCUGUGUUGGAAUUCACAAAAUUAAGGCCAUGGCUGCUGCUUCUCCAAUGGCUAGUCAGCUCAAGUCCACCUUCACUAGGCCUUCUCUGGUCACACCCAAGGGCCUCUCAGGCUCUUCUCCACUCCACCUAUUGCCUUCUAGAAGACAAUUCACCUUCACUGUCAAGGCCAUUCAAUCUGAGAAGCCAACUUACCAAGUGAUUCAGCCAAUUAAUGGUGACCCAUUCAUUGGAAGCCUUGAAACUCCAGUUACAUCAAGCCCCUUGGUUGCAUGGUACCUCUCUAACCUUCCAGCAUACAGAACUGCUGUGAACCCACUCCUAAGAGGGGUUGAAGUGGGCUUGGCCCACGGGUUCCUGCUUGUGGGCCCAUUCGUGAAGGCCGGGCCUCUGAGGAACACCGAAUAUGCAGGAAGUGCAGGCUCUCUUGCAGCUGCUGGACUUGUGGUGAUCCUUAGCCUCUGCCUCACAAUCUAUGGAAUUUCAUCCUUCAAUGAAGGGGAUCCAUCCACUGCACCUUCAUUGACCUUGACCGGCCGCAAGAAGGUGCCUGAUCAGCUCCAAACAGCAGAUGGCUGGGCCAAAUUCACUGGGGGGUUCUUCUUUGGAGGCAUUUCUGGGGUUACUUGGGCUUACUUCCUCCUCUAUGUCCUAGAUCUUCCAUACUACUUCAAGUGAACAGCUUAACUUUCUGUUUGUAUUACUUAUUCUCAAUGAAUGAACAAAGCAUGGAUUGUGCAAUUGAGAUGUAUGUAAAUGCUGUAUUUUGUAACUCUCACUUUGUAACAAUGUUCAGUCUCCUCUCUGGUUUUGGGCUAUCUAUCUUUGAAUAGAACUUUGGUUUGUUUUGGUAA